AUGGGUAAAGAAGUCGUGUUGGAUAUUGCCCCCAAAUGCAUUGAUGGGUUAGACUUUUCUGCACUUUCAGCGAAGGAUAUCGUUGCACAAUCAGAAGUUGAGAUUCAGACUAGAGACUUGUAUGAUUUGGAGAAAGGAAGAGUGCCAAAGGAAGGUGGAGCCUUGGAUACCAGAAUGGGUAUCUCUUCAAACUCGUCAGAAUGUGCUACAUGUCACGGUAAUCUCGCAUCAUGUAAUGGUCAUUUUGGCCAUAUUAGACUCGCGUUGCCAGUGUUUCAUGUGGGUUAUUUCAAAGCUGUCAUAUCAGUGUUGCAAUGUGUUUGCAAAAACUGUGGAGCCAUAUUACUAGAACCACAAGCCAAGCGUCAAUUUUUGUCAGAGUUGAGGCGACCAAACAUUGAUAACUUAAAGAGGAUGAAAAUUUUAAAGAAAAUCAAUGAUCAAUGUAAAAAGCAACGACGCUGUUUAAAGUGUAAUCAUGUUAAUGGUGUUGUAAAAAAAGCGGCCAGUGGUGCGGGACCUGCAUCGUUAAAGAUUGUACACGAUACAUUUAGAUGGAUUGGUAAGAAAGAUACACCAGAAAAAACAGUUUGGGAUGAGGAUUUAGAUUUGGUGUUUAAACGGAACCCCGAUUUAGAGAAAUUCGCAAAGAGGAUUCAAGAGGAUUUCAAUCCGUUAAAAACCUUGAACUUGUUUAAACAGAUCAUCCCCGAAGAUUGUGAAUUGCUUGGAAUGGAUGCUUCCAAGGGUGGCAGACCCGAGAUGUAUAUAUGGAGAUAUCUACCGGCUCCACCAGUUUGUAUCAGACCUUCGGUUAUGAUGGAUGCGCAAUCGAACGAAGAUGAUCUUACAGUCAAGCUUACGGAAAUUGUUUGGACUUCGUCGAUGAUUAAAGCAGGAAUUGCCAAAGGUAUUUCUAUCAAUAAUUUAAUGGAGCAGUGGGAUUACUUACAACUUUCUGUGGCAAUGUAUAUCAAUUCCGACGCCGCUAAUCCAGCUUUGAUGUCUGGUGGAGGUGGCGGUGGCUCGAAAUCUGCAAAACCUAUACGUGGGUUCUGUCAGAGAUUGAAAGGUAAACAGGGCCGUUUUAGAGGAAAUUUGUCAGGUAAAAGAGUGGAUUUCUCUGGUAGAACUGUCAUUUCACCAGAUCCCAACUUGAAAAUAGAUGAAGUCGCAGUUCCCGAUAGAGUAGCUAAAGUAUUGACAUAUCCUGAAAAAUGUACCAGAUAUAACAAGAAAAAGUUGCAGUGUUUGAUUAUUAAUGGACCCGAUGUACAUCCGGGAGCAAACUAUGUAAUGAAGCAGAAUGAAGCAGGAAAGAGGAAUUUGAGAUUCGGUGAUCGUGUUAAAUUGGCAAAAUCCUUACAGAUUGGUGAUGUUGUUGAACGUCAUAUUGAAGAUGGCGAUGUGGUCUUGUUCAAUCGUCAACCUUCGUUACACAGAUUAUCAAUUUUGGCACAUUACGCGAAAGUCCGUCCUUGGAGAACCUUUAGAUUGAACGAAUGUGUUUGUACGCCAUAUAACGCUGAUUUCGAUGGUGAUGAAAUGAACUUGCAUGUUCCUCAAACCGAAGAGGCUAGAGCUGAAGCAAUUAAUUUGAUGGGAGUUAAGAAUAAUUUGUUAACGCCAAAGUCAGGUGAGCCUAUUAUUGCCGCCACUCAAGAUUUCAUAACUGGUUCGUAUUUGAUUUCGCAUAAGGAUUCCUUUUUUGAUCGUGCGUCAUUAGUACAACUAUUGAGUAUGAUGUCAGAUGCUGAUAUUCAAUUUGAUAUUCCACCGCCAGCAAUAAUGAAACCAGUCAUGCUUUGGACUGGUAAGCAAGUGUUUUCAUUAUUGAUCAAACCAAACAGACAAAGUAAAGUUGUUAUUAAUUUAAAUGCUAAGAACAAGACAUUUCAUCCACCUGCGAAAGGAUUACCAAGUGAGAUGUCCCCAAACGAUGGUUUCGUUCUCAUUAGGGGCUCUCAAAUCCUUAGUGGGUUGAUGGAUAAAUCAACCUUAGGAGAUGGUAAGAAACACUCUGUUUUUUACACUAUACUUCGAGACUAUGGUCCUCAAGAAGCGGCAGCUGCAAUGAAUAGAAUGGCAAAGUUAUGUGCUCGAUUUUUGGGUAAUCGUGGAUUCUCCAUUGGUAUCAACGAUGUGACUCCUGCUCACGAAUUGAAGCAAAAGAAAGAAUUGAUGGUUGAACAAGCGUAUCUUAAAUGUGACCAGUUGAUUGAUUUGUACAAUAGAGGCAAGUUAGAAACUCAACCUGGUUGUAAUGAGGAACAAACUCUUGAAGCCAAAAUUGGUGGUUUGUUGUCCAAGGUUAGAGAAGAAGUGGGUGAUGUUUGUAUUCGUGAAUUGGAUUCUUUAAAUGCUCCAUUGAUUAUGGCUACAUGUGGUUCAAAGGGUUCCACGUUGAAUGUUUCGCAGAUGGUGGCUGUUGUUGGUCAACAAAUCAUUUCAGGUCAUCGUGUUCCUGAUGGUUUUCAAGAUCGUUCAUUACCUCAUUUCACCAAGAACUCGAAAACGCCACAAUCUAAAGGGUUCGUUAGAAAUUCAUUCUUUAGUGGUUUAUCGCCACCGGAAUUCUUGUUCCAUGCUAUUUCAGGAAGAGAAGGUUUGGUUGAUACUGCGGUGAAAACGGCUGAGACUGGUUAUAUGUCACGUCGUUUGAUGAAGUCCCUUGAAGAUCUUUCUUCGCAAUACGACAACACUGUCCGUAAUUCGUCAAAUGGUAUUGUUCAGUUUACUUACGGUGGUGACGGUUUGGAUCCAUAUGACAUGGAAGGUGACGCAAAACCAGUAAACUUUGUUAGGCAAUGGGAUCACGCAUAUAACGUUACAUAUAAUGUUAAUGACAAACCAUUGUUGCCGUAUGAAAUAAAUGAACUAGCCGACAAGACAUUGAAACCACUUGUUGACAAGCUUGCUGUUGUUAGUGAUGAAGUGCAAAAUAAGGAUGAGCUUGUCGAUCAAAAAGACGCUGAAAGAGCAUUUUAUGAAUCGGUCAGAGAGUUUUUACGUGAUAAGGCUGAAACACUUGCACGGUUGAGAGAAAGUAGAGGGCUACAAGCAUUCUACACUAGAGUGAAUGAAGAUGACAUCCAAUUGGAUGAAGAUGAAGCCAAAAUCAACGCUGUGAACCAAUUGUUGAAAAUAUCACACAGGGCCGCCAAGGAGUUUAUGAAACAAUGUUUGUACAAAUAUUCGAGAGCGAAAGUAGAACCUGGAACAGCUGUUGGCGCUAUUGGAGCGCAAUCAAUUGGUGAACCAGGUACGCAAAUGACUUUAAAGACUUUCCAUUUUGCUGGUGUGGCAUCGAUGAAUGUAACUUUGGGUGUUCCACGUAUUAAGGAAAUUAUCAAUGCAUCCAAGACUAUAUCUACACCUAUCAUUAAUGCUGUUUUGGUCAAUGAUGACGAUGAAAUUGCGGCUCGUGUGGCAAAGGGAAGAAUUGAAAAGACAUUGUUGAAGGAUGUGGCAUUCUAUAUUGAAGAUGUGUAUAAAGACAAUAUGGCAUACUUGGCCAUCAAAGUGGAUUUGGAGACUAUAGAUAAAUUGCAGUUGGAAUUGACUAUCGAUAACAUUGCCCAAGCUAUUUGCAAGGCGCCCAAGUUAAAGAUUGCACCUUCCGAUGUCAUCAUUACCGGCAAGAAUAGGAUAAACGUGUUGUGCAAUGUUAAUGAAUCAAAGUCAGAGAGUUUGAAAUCGGCUAGUGAUUCACUAAAUGCACUCUUUUUUAGAAUGCAAACAUUGAAGAGGGUGUUGCCAGACAUUUGUAUCAAGGGGUUACCAAACAUCUUCCGUGCAGUUAUCAAUAUCAAAGAUGAUGGAAAGAAGGAAUUGCUUGUUGAGGGGUACGGUUUGAAAGAUGUCAUGAAUACUGAAGGUAUCGUUGGUACAAAAACUACUACCAAUCACGUUUUGGAAGUGAAUGAAAUCUUAGGUAUUGAAGCUGCCAGAGGCUCGAUCAUUAGAGAAAUUGACUACACAAUGAGUAAUCACGGUAUGAGUGUUGAUCCUCGUCAUAUUCAAUUGCUAGGAGAUGUCAUGACGUACAAAGGUGAGGUCUUGGGUAUCACAAGAUUCGGUCUCAGUAAAAUGCGUGACUCUGUAUUACAAUUGGCAUCAUUUGAGAAAACCACCGAUCACUUGUUUGAUGCUGCAUUCUUUAUGAAGAAGGAUAAGAUUGAAGGUGUUUCUGAGUGUAUUAUUUUGGGUAAGACAAUGAGCGUUGGUACUGGGGCGUUCAAAUUGGUUAAAUCAUCCAACUAUGAUGAAAAUGUGUUGAAGAGAAAGAACACCUUGUUUGAAUCUUGUUGUGAAGUGUCAACAACUGCUUAA